AUGUCGGAAAGCAAAGACAAAGAUCAAGAAGACUACAUUGCUUUCCAAUAUCGAACCCUAGAAAAUCGAAUCAGCGCUUUGCCCUUUUCUCUGAUUCUUCACAUCCUCUCCUUCCUAUCCAUGAAAGAUGUUGUCAAAACCAGUGCACUGUCGAAGCAAUGGCGGUACCUCUGGACCUCUGUGUUAACGCUUAAUUUCAACGGAGACUAUGCCAUGGAAGUCGAGACUCGUAAGUUCAUCACUUUUGUCUAUAAAGCCUUAAUUCUCUGCAAAUCCCCCAAAAUCGAGAAAUUCGUGCUUAUUCUUAAAUACAGCCCUUGUUUUGCUUUCGAUUUGAAUAUCUUCAUUAGUUUCGCGAUCCAGAACAAUGUGGAGGACCUCGAGUUGCGUUUGGAUUUUCGAUGUAGCGAAAUUGAAUGUUAUAGAUUGCCUCAGUAUAUCUAUUGCAGUUCCUCUUUGAAAAAAUUGAAAUUGAACUGUUGCGAUGUAAUGCCGACUAGUGGUGUUAUUAGUUGGAAAUCGCUUAAGAGUUUAUCAAUGGAAGCGCUUUAG